CUCAGUCACUCCUCCAACGUGGGAAAGUCCGCAUUGUGGUAUCACAGUGUGUCAUACAGUAUCAGGCGGCGUGUGAGUGAGUGUUUGGUGUGAGUGAAGCUGGGGAAUAACAGGCACUGCAGAGAUGUCAGAAGAAUGAGAAUGCUAAGCACCCCUGUAUUGUGAGCUUCAUUCAGAGAGACAGGGAUACACUACUGAGCUCAGCUGUUUAUAGUAAAGGGCAGCACAUGGACCUUGAUGUACAUACUGUAUCUGGACCCAAAGCAUAGACAACAGCCUCCCUACCCCAGGACUGGAUCUUUGUCUGAAGCACCAUUAUACCUCUAAUAAUCUGUAUACAACUACAGAAGCACAACUUCUUGCACAGAAUAUUUCCACAACCUGCUCUGAACUGUACAACCCAGAAUUCUCUCACCGGUAGAACCAGUUCCGCUGCACAUUCCAGACUGCCGGCAUAUACUUAAUACAAGAUGGAAACUGCAUUUUGGAGCCUGAUGCCUGGGCUGUUGGUGCUAAUGAGCGCCGGUGCUGCUGAACUCUCAAACGGUUGCCAUACAAAGUCGGGGAACUGCUGCAUUUUAUGUAAUCCUGGAUUCCUGCUUAAUAUGAUGAGUGAGUGCGGCCAGUGUAAUCGUUGUCCCGGAGGAAGCUUCAUGGAAGCACCUAACAGCAAGUCCAGCUGUCAGAGAUGUAAAAUAUGUGAAAAUACCUUUGAGUACAAUAGGAAGUGCACCCCCACCUCGAAUGCUGUUUGUAAAUGUACUAAAGGCAGAAUAUGCGUCGGGGAGAACUGCGAGAAAUGCGCCAUCUAUGAAUGCCCAGAAGGACAAGAAAUAACAGGGCAAAAAUGCACUGACUGCCCUCAUGGAACAUUUAAGUCUGGAGGAGAAGGCAAAUGCAGGCCAUGGACAAUCUGUCGCAAACCAGCCAAGGUUGUGCUUAAUGGCACCCGCACAUCAGAUGUGAUUUGUGGAGACACAAUGUCCCGUACUACACAAAGGAUGAGCACAGCAUCUUCUAGAGUCACUCAGAGACCACGGGUCGUGCAAGAAGACAAGAAAGUGAAUAGGCAGUCUGUCACGAACGCAGAGCCAGGGCCCUCUGUGAAUGCAGUCCUGAUACAUGUUCUAAUUGUUGGAGGAGCACUCAUCUCAAUAGCCAUCCUGCUUUGUUCUUUACCAUAUUUAAAAAAAUGGAUGAAGAAAAUCAAAAAGGAAUUUAAGAAAUUUCCUAAUCAGCCAGUAAAAAACCCUGAGCAAGAAGACCCUUUUCCUUACCCUGUGAAGGAGCAGGGAGAAGAAGAAGAACCAAUAAACAGGGAACCGUGAUACCUUCCUACGCUUUCCGUUAACACCCCAAGGAAUGAUUUCAAUUCAUAAUAUCACUUUAAAUAAGUGACAAACUCUGCUGAAAGGCCGGUUACUGGCACCAAGAAGAACUCUGACGGGAAGACAGACAACGAGCAUACUUUGGGCCAAUUCUGUGGUUAAGGUUUAUUUCAUGUUUUUUAAGUUUAAGGAAUUUAAAAAAUAUACUAAAUAGUUUUGUUAAAUAUUUCAUCUACUUUCAAUGACUUGUUAAGACUUGCCAAUAGCGAACAACAUAUUCUGUUGACCGAAUCCACCACUAAGACUAAUGAACUAAGGACUCGGGCUUUAUCGUGUAAUAGAACAUUUAGUGAAUCAGCAGCAAGAAGAAGAAGAUGGAUCCCAGUGUCAGUCUAGAGAUGUACUCCAUGAACUGCAGGGAGUCCCAGAAUGUAAAUGUACUGAGAUUCUGUCAUCUUUUGUACUGGAUAAACACAGACUGUUUCAUAUAAUGUGGACAUUUUAUGUAUAGAAUAUACUGCUGCACUGCUGAAAGUACACAAAUACUAAAAUAUAUUUUUAACAGGAUUUCUGUUUUUUUUUAAGCAGAAUAAAAAUCAGAUUGCCUAUAUGUGUUUUCUUUAGGAUGG